UCAGCUUGGGUAACCGCUAUCGCAGUGGGCGUAUCAGAGAUAUUUGGAAUGAUUCCCGCCAUCCUUGGUAACCGCUUUGGAUUUGCCAAUGUCAUCAUGCUUGGUGGAGUGAUAUGCGCAGUUGGAAUGUUUACCUCGUCGUUUGCGCCGAAUAUCUACGUACUUUAUUUAACUUACGGUUUAGUCUGGGGAUUUGGCGCGUGUCUCUGUUACCUUGCUACUUUGUUUGUACUUCCCCAAUAUUUUCACGCGCGAAUCGGCUUAGCUAAUGGGAUUGUAUUUUUUGGCGCACCAGUUGGUACUUUAGCUCUAACUCCAUUCGUUGCUCAUCUGCUGCAAAGUGUUGGGUUGGCCAGAACGUUUCAAAUAUUAGCUGGGAUUCAGCUUGUAAUUGUGUGUAGUGGGUUUAUGAUCAGACUUGUUCCCCCACCUUCUAAAUCAGACCAACUGCACAGCGAAAGUGAAAGAAAAAGUGGGUUUGACUGGACAAUAUUCAAGAACAAAGGUUACAUGACUUUUGUAGUAGCGUUAUGCCUCUUUAUGCCCGCCUACUUAGUGCAUGUACAUUUGGUGAGUCAUCUCCGUGAUAUCGAUGCUUUCUUCAGGUUGUUGAAACUCUUUGCAUAAUAGAUUCCUUGUUGCUAUACUUUUGUUCAGUAAGAAAUCCCGGAUCUCGUAUCAAGGUUUUCAAAGGUCUAAAAAAAUUUUGGGGGGUAAAUAUCCUCUGCUUUAUGUACUAACAUAAAUAAAGCGAAAAUGGGUAUGCAUAGUAUUAGGACGUAAAGACAGCAGAGUGGCCUUUUAGUUUGCAAGACAUGUAUGUCAUCUUCGCGAUUUUAACGGUUGUACAUUUGAAUUUAUAUGAGAUUGACAUUAAUUUGUCGAGUAACAAAUUUGGAAUUUGAAUCGGCCUAGUUAGCUGAGAGGCCGCUCGGGAAAAAGUCUUUCCUCAGCGGGAAAGGGUAGGGGACCUUCUCUUUCAGCGUGCGCUCGCUUUGUUGAUUCUGGAACCCUUUUUAAAGUGAAAAAUGGGUAAAAUUUGGUAAAUAGACAACAUCUCGGCCACUGCAAGUUCAUUUCAUAAAUACAUAGUAUUGGAGUGAUUUUAAAAUAAAACUUGCUGCUCUUCUUUUCCUAUCUACAGGUUAGACUUGCCAAAGACUCUGGUGUCGACUCAAUCAAAGCAGCCCUUCUUGUCAGCUUUGCAGCUUUUGGAUCAGUGACUAUGCGGCCAUUUUUCGGGAAGCUAAUGGACAUGCGCUAUGUAAACCGUCUGACUGCGAUGCAAAUAACGCUACUACUUUUAAGUGUUUCUUCAACACUCGUUCCCAUAGCAACUAACUACGAAUGGUUAGCAACUUACGCCUUCUUCUCUGGAUUUCUGGAGGGAUGUUUUGUAAUUUCAUUGCCUUUAACUGUGCAGGAUUUGGUAGAAGAAAACCAGCAAGCCUUAGCUCUUGGAUCGCUGUUUUGCUUUCGUUCUCUUCCCAAGACCGCUGGUCCCUCGAUAGCGGGCUGGAUUUAUGACGUAACUCACAGCUACGACAUAGCGUUCUUUAGUGCAGGCGCCAUCACUCUACUUUCCACAUGUUUGAUGUUCUUGGUUCCAUUGUUCCAAGAUAGGUCACUUUCCAAACGAAAGGAAAUUCCUCGGCUGUUAAGAAACCCUGAGCUUUAUCAAAAGGAAAUAAUUGCAGCAAAGGAAACUUGUUUGUAG